UAUGUUCCAAGUUCCAAGAUGUUCCAAGUUCCAAGAUAUGUUCCAAGUUUCAAGAUAUGUUACAAGUUCCAAGAUUGUUCCAAGUUCCAAGAUGUUCCAAGUUCUAAGAUAUGUUCCAAGUUCCAAGAUGUUCCAAGUUCCAAGAUAUGUUCCAAGUUUCAAGAUAUGUUACAAGUUCCAAGAUUGUUCCAAGUUCCAAGAUGUUCCAAGUUCUAAGAUAUGUUCCAAGUUCCAAGAUGUUCCAAGUUCCAAGAUAUGUUCCAAGUUUCAAGAUAUGUUACAAGUUCCAAGAUUGUUCCAAGUUCCAAGAUGUUCCAAGUUCUAAGAUAUGUUCCAAGAUAUGUUCCAAGAUAUGUUUCAAGACCCAAGAUAUGUUCCAAGUUCCAAGAUAUGUUCCAAGGUAUUCCAUUUUUUUGUUCCAAGAUAUUCCAUAAAUUUUCCCUACGGUAGAAAGUGAAAAAGAUUAAAGAGCAGAUAGAAAUAGUUUGACAAAAUUUUUUAA